GUAAAUCUUGCCCAGCGAUAUUCCGUCAGUCGGUUUGCGUUCGUUGUGCCAACCGGACGUUGCUCGUUGCUGCUGUUGCUGGUGCUUUACGUGGACGCUACAAGAAACUGAAAGUGCUUGCUGAACUUUUUUGUAUCGCCUGGUACUUUCGUUCGGGUCGUUCAGUGACGAUUUGUCUACUCGGUACACGGGACUGUUACGAAUUUUGAAAGAAAACUGAGACGCAUUUUAUUUUUUGGAAACAUGAGCGAGGGCACUGAAUCUGAUUUGCACAAAUUCGUCGUCAACACCGACAGAAGUGGGGAUCUCUAUGUAUACGUGGAGGGCGACAUCGCGCAACAGCAAAAGCGCGCAGUUUUUUUAACUGUUCAUGAUUUGGGAUGCAAUCACACUUCGUUUCACGAUUUCGUCAAUCAUCCCUGCAUGUCAGAGAUUAAAGAACGAUCCGUGUUCAUUCAUAUCGACGUCCCGGGUCACGCUGAUAACGCGCCUAAUUUGUACGAUGGAUUUCAGUUUCCGUCGCUGCAAACUCUUGGCGAGGAUCUCGUUACCGUACUGGAUUUUUUGCACGUGAAAUACGUCGUCGGACUUGGCGAAGGGGCAGGUGCGAAUGUACUGGCGAGAUUUGCUCUGGCGCAUCCCUCGAGGGUCCUGGGAUUAAUUUUGAUUAAUAUCACCGGAAGUGCAGCUUCUGUGCUUGACAAUUUUAAGAACAAGUUUUUGAGUUGGAGAGGCAAAGAAGAGGUGAGCCAAUCGGCCGAAGAAUUUUUGGUAUACCAUAAAUUUGGAAAUAUGGUUAACGAGCAACUGGUUAAUGAAACGAAUGCAGACAAGGAUAAAGUGAUAGAAGAAUUUUUGAAAAGACUUCGCGGAACUUUGAAUCCCCGAAAUUUGAAAUUAUACGUCAACUCCUUCCUCACGCGGAAGGACAUCUCUCUGAAAAAUUGCAAAACUGAUAUACUACUGAUAACAGGUAUGCUCAGCCCGUACGCAUCCGUGGUCGAAAAAUUGUAUCGUGAGUUGGACAAAGAGAAAGCGACGCUGCUUCGCAUCGAGCGAGCCGGAGACGUACUUGUGGAUGCGCCGGCUAAAGUCGCUCAGAGUAUUUUACUCUUCUGCAAGGGUCUGGGUCUCCUGACGUCGAUCACGAUGCCAGGCGUCGAAAGGCAAAGGACUUUCAGCGGAGAAUCCUUCGACAGCCAGGGACAUCCACGAAGAUUAUCACGCGGAAUGUCCAUGGAGGAAUACGAUAAGCCGAAUAUCCGUAGAUUGUCCUUAACAAAGCCGGAGCAACAGCCACCGAUUAAUUAACCGAUCAAACAUUUGAAACGGAUCGAUAAAGAUUUGGAGGAUCGGCUUUUACCUCCUGAUAUUGAUAUUGCUCUGUACUACCCGGUAUUAUUUUCCAAUAAGAUAUUUUCGGCGUGGUUCUUCCAGCGAUGCGCAACAAGCCAAAGACUGUUUCAGUAUUUUUUUUUUUUUCGACACGUUGACCCAUGUUUAGACUCUUAUAACAAAUUAAAUUCUUUCCCUUAAUUAGUAAAUAUUUAAUUUGUACAAAAUAGAAAUUGUACGUUAAUCGUAUGUCAAUCGGAAAAUCCCAAUUGGAGUAAAUAAUUUGAUUUCCAAUCGAUGACAUGGCCAUCCCACUUAACGAUAGUGCAAUAGAAUAGUAUAUAAUUUAUAUGAUAAGGUAUAUCGUAAAUAUAUUGAGAAUUGCUUGUAUAAUGAGAUUAAUUGUAGAUCACUUUUUUUUAUUUAGAAAUCAUUUAUGAUCUAUGUUCUAUCUAGUGUUACGUGUCAUGAUGUACAUCAGUCAUCAAUGUCAUGAAUAUCUAAUGAAAAAUUUUACUUGCA